GAGAGGCGCGGCUGAGGCGGCGACGAUGGCGGCGGGACGCGCGCGGCGGGCGGCGGGGACGGAGCUGUACCGAGAGCUCCUCCGGGUAUAUGAAGAAGGAAAGAAAAGCAUCCCUGAACACCCCUAUCUCUUUGAGAACGAUGUAGAGAUCUGUUUGUUUGGUCGUGGUUGCAAAAGUCCCAUUGAAAGAUUUUGGAAUGGAAGUAGUAUGGUGUAUAUUUUGCAAAAAGCAGGCCACAAUGAGGGAGGUGACCCAAUGGAAGAAUCAAAAUCAGAUGAUGCUCUUUAUGCCUCUGAGCUUUUACCAAAGGAGAGUGCUGGACCAGUCGCUCUUUCUGUUAGAAGGGCAAAGCAGUUGAUUUCCUUAUAUACAAUGGCACAAAAUCCAAACAUGACCCAUUUGAAGACAAGUGAACUGGCUGUGCUUCCUCCCCUCUGGAUAAGGUGUGAUGGCUCUGAUCCAGAGUGUACUUGUUGGCUUGGAGCUGAGCCUCUCAAAGCUGGAAACAAAAUCACAGGGAUCAAUAUCUAUAUGGUUACAUGUAACGGUCCUACAGCUGAUAAAACCUGUUUUGCAAACCUAGAGGAACUCAAAAUGGCACAUAAAGUCAAACACCAUUCAUCUAUUGUGACGACAAAAGGAUUUGCUCAGUAUGAACUUAUUAGAGCUGCUGCAAUAGAGGACACAAUUGUAGAAUCUGAAAGCAAUAUAUGUAUUGACAUUACGUGGAAUACUGUAGAUAAGAUUCUGCAGCCACCCCCACUUACUGCAGCUGCCACACUGAAUAUUUCAUUGGAGUCUGGGGACCCCAGGAGUCCUGUAUAUCCGCUGUAUAGAGAACUGCAGUUUCUCCUUACUUUGGCUGAAGGUUUGAAGACAGGUGUGACUGAAUGGCCUGAGUCCUUGGAGUCCAAAUCAGCUUUUGAACUGGUCCAAGGGUUUCUGACUGAUUUAAAGAAGAAACUGGAUGGCUAUUGUGUAUCAGGAAAUGAGAAUGAAACAGAGAAUAUCAAAUCUGACACUGCUGCAGUGGAUAGUUCAAUAAAAUCAAUCUUCAGUGAACGAGGAGACCUGGAUUUUGCUGAACAAUUAUGGUGCAAAAUGAGAAGUGUCAGUUCCUAUCAGGAGUUGGUAGAGUGUUUCACAUUGAUCAUAAAAUCCCUGAAACAUGGUGAAGUACAGCCAUGGAUUCACCAAGGGAGUAGCAGUUUGCUAAGUAAAUUGAUUCAGCAGUCUUACCAUGGCAAGAUAGAGGCCGUUUUCCUCAGUGGCAUCACUCCAGUUCAAAUGCUCCUAGAGAUUGGUUUGGAUAAGAUGAAGAAGGAUUACGUCAGCUUUUUCAUAGGUCAGGAACUUGCAACAUUAACCUAUUUGGAUUACUUCAUUUCCACAUCAGUAGAUCUACAAGAACAAGUUCAUCGUGUUCAGAAGCUUCACCAUAUGCUGGAAAUAAUGGUCAGCUGUACAGUCUUACUUCAGUUUAAACAUGAGAACCUCUUCCCUUUGACACAAACUUGUCUGAAAUAUUAUAAGGAAAACCCUCUAAAUGAGAAGCAUGUGUUUCAACUGCCAAUCAGGCCAGCUCUCGUCAAGAAGUUCUAUCAAAAUGAUCACCCAGAAAUAUGGAAGGUGGACAUAAGUAGUGGGCAUGGCCAAAAGGAAGUUAAAACAACAUGGCAAGUUAGUACUAGUCCUCCUGUUGAACAUAUGAUAUCAAACAAUAUAGGUCUCUUGUGCGAUUCUACAGUUAAUGGAAGCACUGAAGAAAGAAUGUAUUUUAUUACAAUGACUAAUUGCAGUCAGGUGCAUUUCACAUAAAUAGAUGUUACUCUCCAGGCAGGCACUGGAAAGGUACAGUAAAGGGGAAAGUUCAGUAUAUUUAGCAACAUUCUCUGAUUUGAAGAACAAUACAUCUUACUGAGUUAUUUGCUUUAGUAUGCUCAUGUGACAUAAGCAGCCAUAAUUCAUCUGUACCCGUCUAGUUUGUACAUAUUGUGCAGUUAUGAAUGUACAGUAUAGUUACUUUGAAAAUAUAGUAGAUAUUUUGGUUCAUAAAUUUACAAACAUUCAAUAAAGUUCUACACUUUGGGAUUUAAAAUUUUA